AUGUCAUUUAUUAAGGCUGAACCCUGUCAUAUUCUUCUUAUUUCAUUAAACAGCAGUCAAGAAAAUAUGGACAAUACUCAGCAAAGAUUACAAAAAGUUUGUACAAAAAUCGGCUAUACUUCAGUAGUCAUUCGUCAACUCAACGACUAUAUCCCAAGUAGUGACAGACACUCAUCACUUUUACCAUAUGCUGAACUACUUUUCAAGAACGAAGAUCCACAUUACAUUUGUCGAUUCAUUAAGAAACUGUCACCAAUUCGACUCUAUGUAUAUGGUAAUAUGUUGCGCAUUCAUAGUGAAUGGAGCAAAUUAAUGAUUGCAACUGAAAUUGACAUCAUGGAUGAUGAAGAUGAUUGGUGUGCAUUCCUCGAGAACGAAUAUGUUGAAGAUGAAGUAAAAUGGAAUUUUGGCUUUAUCUUUGGUCGAGAAUGGAAAGUGUCACGAGUAUCACCACUCAACUUUACUCAUUUGGACGAAAAUCUUCGAUUUCACUCAGCACUUCGUCGAGCUCAUGCUACGUUUGCUCCACGACAAGUUGAAGUUACAGCAAAGAUAUUUGACUGGCAUGCAAAUUGUAUCAAACAAGGAUAUCUUCAAGAAGAACCUAAAUUGACUGACCAAUUAAAAUCAACAAAAUACGAUCAGCACAUUCGGAAAGUCAACCUUGAGUUGAUGAGUAGACACCGUUUUCGACAUCUAUCUUCUUUUAAUUAUCAUCGCUUCGAUUCUCCAAAGGCUAAAUUAUUUUCGUUUAUAUGGCUUGAUGAAAUGUUGCACGAUACCGAAAUUCAAUUUCAGCAUAUUAUUGAACCAUUUCAAUGGCAAUUUUUCAACAAUGUAUCAUCAUGUGUAUCAUUCAUUGAAACGCAGUUACGCGAACGACGAUACAUAUUUUUGAUUACCUCAGGAUCACUUGGCCAUGAGUUAUUUCAUUCAGGGUUAUGUUUGACAGAUCAAAUUUUUGCUUCAUAUAUUUAUUGUGCUCAACUUGACCCAAAUUUGGAUUGGAGUCGUGAUUAUGCGCAAAUUCGAGGAAUUUAUAAUGAUUCUACAAAGCUCGCUAAUAAAAUCAAACAAGAUUAUAAAGAGCUUCAAAAUUCGUUGAACAUUUGUGAAACAGAAUGGCAUACUGCAUCGAACACUACUAAUGAAAAUGAAAUUUUACAGAAUGUCGAGGAUGUGAGCUCGCUAUUGCCAUUGCCAAUAACUGUUUAUAAUCCAGAACAACCUCAUUUGUUCAUGGCUCAUCAGCGAACAAUUGAUAGUCUUCUUUGUAUGCCACAUACAUCGGAGUCAAAAGCAGAAAUGCUUACUGAAUUUCGACGUAUAUUCGAUGAUAAUCAAGAGAUUCUUGCUGAGAUUGAUGAAUUCGAAGAUACUUACCAUUCGCAUGCAGCUGUUCAAUGGUACACACGUGAUUCUUUUGUUUGUCGAACAAUUAACCAAGCACUUCGAUCAAGUAACGUCGAAGCGAUGUUUAAACUACGGUACAUUCUCACUGAUUUAUAUGCUCACUUGAAGGAAUCCUAUCGACAAAUGCAUUGGUAUUUACAAACAUCAAGACCGGAAAUAUUUUAUCGUGGUCAAGGGAUGUCACGAGAAGAAUUCGAUUCUUUUCAAGAACUUCGAGGUAGUAUCAUAUCGAUAAAUACAUUCUUAUCGACGACAGCUUCGAUGCAAAUCGCUCUGUUGUAUGCGGGCAAAUAUCAUGAAAAUUCGAAUCUGAUAUCAGUCGUAUUUAGCAUUGAAACAAAUCCAAAGGCACUUAUACGUCCAUAUGCUAAUAUUUCUCCUUUAUCAAUGUUUCAAGAUGAAGAAGAAACUUUGUUUGCUAUGGGUAGCGUCUAUCGCAUAGGCAAUAUUCGUCCACUGCCAGAUGCAGACAACGUUUGGGUUAUAUAUUUACAAACAAUUCAUCAAGACGAUGAUCGAUUCUAUAGGAUUUCUUCAGCGACUUCUUAG